AUGUCGUAUCUUCUCUACUCCGUCUCGCUCUUCACCAUCGUUCUCGCCACGGUCCUCUUCUUCACCCGAGCCCACUGGCUCCCCCACGUCCAACAUAUGCGACCCCGGCUCCCAGGCGCAGACUACAUCUACUCGCGGCUUCCGAAUAGUUUCGCGAACGAUAUCGAAGCCGGUCUAUCCAGCAGCACUUUCGAUCUGUCUGGAAAUGUCGAGUCAGGUGACUCUCGCGCAGGUCUCGAUGAUACAGCCAAGAAGGAGGUUCUGGCCAUCAUGAAGAAGAGGAGGAUGAACUUUGACCAGGCGAGAAAGGUCUACAUGGAGAACCGAUUCAAGGCCAACGGUAUUGGCGCUGAUGGACUACCGAGAGAUCCGAAGUUUGUGAGCUUCUCAUAA